GGCAUGUGGGUGGAGAGGUGUAACAGUUGGUCAGUUACUUACACAUUGAUCAAGUCAAUCAAGCACUCGAUCAAGCAUGGCUAGUUCUCUUGCCUUGAGAAGUUUUUAUUUAGUUGCUAGUGCCAGACAACUAUUAUCCCACCAAUGGAGGAAGAAUGGUCCAAUCUCAAUUUUUACACUCUCAAGAAAACGCCUCUGCCAUAUGAUGAGUUCAUCAAGUUCAAGGAUUGAUACUCAAACUGAGGAUGAUGGGUUAGCUCCUAUGGAGGUGAUCAAGGCAGCAUUACCAAGCUUGAGCUUAGCAGAACUGAAGAGGCUAGAAAAAAAGAUUCCUGAGUUGCUAUAUUUUUGUCCUAAAGUGGAAUAUCUUCCAGCAAAUGCAUACACUUUGAUCAGUAAUGGCACUAUAAAAGUACUGGAAGUAACAGAUAAUCACGAUGAUGAUUGGCUUUCUGGAGACGUAGCUGACUUUUUGUCCAAGUGCAUAAAAAUGAAGAUAAAAGGAAUUGAAGAGACUGUAAAUCUUAAUUACAUACAAUAUUAUGUGAAAGAAGUUGACUAUAACUAAACUUUCAAUCAGUAUUGGUGACUGCAGAUAUAUUCAUGCUAGGCCCAGCAACAAGUCCGAUUAUCCGGAAUACAAAGAUAUUAAUGGCGAUGCAGUUUUGCUUCAACUUCACAAAGCACUUGGAAUUCCUGAGUACAAAAAAGAUGAAAUGAUAUGCCUCCUUUUUUAUCCCUACAUGAAUUCUACACCGUGUUAUGUGUGAGGCAGAAGAAUGAAUAUCGACUAUUACACAUACUAAUGACUGAU